AUGUCGUCGUCUUUAGAAAACGGAGCUAACACACCUGAUGUGGAUGACGAUGGUCGAAUCAAAAGAACCGGUACAUUGCUCACUGCAAGUGCUCAUAUUAUCACAGCAGUAAUCGGAUCAGGAGUGUUAUCGCUAGCAUGGGCCGAGGCCCAAAUGGGUUGGAUCCCUGGAGCCAUUGUUUUAUUGAUGUUCUCUCUUAUAACCUGGUAUGUUUCUAGAUUACAGGCUGAUUGUUACCGGAAUCAUAUCACUGGAAAGCGACAUUACACUUAUAAAGAGGCUGUCAGAUCUAUCCUAGGUGGAAGAAAAUACAAAUACUGUGCCUUAGCUCAAUAUACCAAUUUCGUAGGAGUAUCAAUUGGCUAUACAAUCACUGCAUCUAUAAGCAUGGCGGCGGUAAAACGAGCCAUAUGCUUCCACAAAAAUGGGCAUGAAGUAGGAUGUCACGUAAAAAAUAAUCUAUUUAUAAUAAUAUUUGGAAUUAUUGAAAUAUUUUUGUCUCAAGUGCCCAAUUUUCACAAACUAUCAUGGCUUUCUGUUAUUGCUGCUGUAAUGUCUUUUGGUUAUUCCUUCAUAGGAAUCAGUCUUAGCAUUGCAAAAGUUACAAGGGUAGGCAUUGCAAGGACCACGUUGACAGGUGUAGUAGUUGGAUUAGACGUAACUCUAUCCAAAAAAAUUUGGAAUAUAUUAACAGCAUUAGGAAAUAUGGCAUUUGCUUAUGCUUUCUCCAUGGUUCUCAUCGAGAUACAGGAUACAUUAAAAUCAAAACCUACCGAAUCUGUGGUAAUGAAAAAAGCAAUCACCAUAGGGUCUAAUAUCACCACAUUCUUUUACAUGUUGUGCGGAAUGAUGGGUUACGCAGCAUUUGGAAAUGACGCACCUGGAAAUUUCUUAACUGGAUUUGGUUUUUUUGAACCUUAUUGGCUCGUUGCAAUUGCCAAUAUUUUCAUUGUUAUUCAUCUUGUUGGAGCGUAUCAGGUUUUUGUGCAGCCAUUGUUCGAAUUUGUAGAGACGAGUUGUGGUGAAAGAUGGCCAACAAAAAAAUUUAUAAGAGAAAAAUAUGGGAUAAAAAUUCCAGUAUGCGGUGUGUAUGAAUUGAAUUUGAUGAAUAUAAUAUGGAGGACAGGUUACGUGAUAAUAAUAAGUACAAUUGCAAUGAUUCUUCCGUUCUUCAAUGACAUAGUCGGUCUUAUGGGUGCAUUGUCAUUUUGGCCAUUAACAAUAUAUUUUCCGAUUGAAAUGUACAUCGCACAGGGGAAAGUUAUUACACGAUCUUACAAAUGGUAUUUCUUUAAAUUUCUAAGUUUUUCUUGUUUUAUUGUUUCCGUGCUAUCGGCUACUGCUUCCCUUUACGGCAUUAUUUCAAAUAUCACUACAUUUAAACCUUUUCAAUCUAUUUCUUAA